ACCCAGCUUGAAUUCUCAAAUCAUAUUGUGGGAUUUCAAACACUUAGUAAUGGCAACUUCUAAGGUUUUGAAUAAUGUUUUGCUUGUGUUAUUGUGUUUAGGUGUGUGCUCUGCUGCCAGAACACUCCUCACUCUAGAGGCAGGCGUGGGCCUUGGCAUUGGUGGUGAUGUUGCUGUAGGUCUUGGUGGCGGUGGUGGUGGUGGUGGAGGAGGUACCGGUGGAGGUGGAGGUUAUGGAGGCGGUGGAGAUCAUGGUGUAGGUGGGUAUGGAGGAGGAGCUGGCGGAGGUGAAGGUGCGGGUGCAGGAUAUGGUGGUUCUGGUGGUGGUGGUGGUGGAGGAAAAGGAGGUGGUGGUGGGAGUGGAGGCGGUGGCGGUGGCGGUGAUGAAGCGGGUGGAUAUGGAGGAGGGGCUGGCAAAGGAGGUGGUGCAGGGUAUGGUCAAGGUGGAGCACAUGGGGGUGGUGGUGGAGGUGGCAGUGGAGGAGGAGGAGGUGCAGGUGCAGGGGGUGCUGGCAGUGGUUAUGGUGGUGGUGCAGGGAGUGGAGCCGGUGGUGGAUAUGGUGGAUAUGGUGGAGCAAGUGGUGGAGGAGGUGGAGGUGGGAGUGGUGGGGGUGCUGGAGGCGGUGCUGGUGGAGCACAUGGAGGAGGAUACGGUGGCGGUGAAGGAGCUGGUGGUGGAUACGGCGGAGCAAGCGGUGGAGGAGGUGGAGGUGGGAGUGGUGGGGGUGCUGGAGGCGGUGCUGGUGGAGCACAUGGAGGAGGAUAUGGCGGCGGUGAAGGAGCUGGUGGGGGAUAUGGUGGUGGCGGUGGUGGUGGCUCUGGUGGAGGUGCUGGUGGUGGUGGUGGUGGAGGAGGCGCACAUGGUGGUGGAUAUGGAGCUGGGGGUGGAGGUGGCGCAGGUGGAGGCCACGGUGGAUACUACCCCUGAUGAGAUUAAGUACACCUUGAAAUUCUAAUGCCAAUCAAGCUGAAAGAAAAAUACUAGCUCCUUGUGGCCAUAGUUAUUAGUAACUACAAUAACAAUAUCAUAUGGUUACAAGGAUGCUUAUAAACUAUUAACGUAUUGUAUUAUGAUUUGUAAUUUUGUAUGUUCCUGAAUGUCAAACGGAAGCUGUACAAGGCUAAAUUACUUCGAUCAAUAUGUUAUAUUUGUAUUUUUAA